UGAUCGGUCCUCUCUCUGCCUGAUCGGAGCAGCUCUCUCUCUCUCCCUUGGCGCCGACCGCGCCGGUGGUUGUGUUUGGAUCGGAGCAGCUCUCUCUCCAUAAGCACCGACCGCUUAUGGUUUUGCUUCUAACACUAGAAUAAUGUCUCACAAUCUUGCCCUUCAAGACCUCUCUUAGAAGACUGAUGAAUCCAUGACCAGCCUUAUGCAACGAGCCAAGUCCCUCUUUGAUGAGCUUGCUGCUGUUGGGUCUCCUAUAAAACAAUCCGACUUCUAUCUUUACAUUCUUUGCGCUCUUCGCAAAGAUCUUCGUGACAUUGUUCCAAUGCUCCUUGCUAGUUUUGAGCCGCUAUCCUAUUCUGAUCUUCUUGGCGUUCUUCUCAGCCACGAGUUCAUGAAUAAGGCCUCUGCUCAUAACACAUUAGAGACCGACCCUCCUGCCUUUAUAGAUACUCUAUCAGCUAACACUGCUCAGCGUGAUGCCUCUUCCACCUCUUCCAACUCUCAAUAUGGGAAAGGUGGUCAUGGUGGUCAUGGUAGGCAGGGAUGAGGUGGUCGUGGUGGCCGUGGCGGCUGCUUUCCACAACCAAGCAUGCGCAUAUGGUGCUCCAUGUACAACCGUACAAACCACAACGCCAACACUUGUUAUUACCAAACCCCUACCCAACCCGGCUAACCCACCCCUCAACCGGCGGCUCACUUCACAACCAACCCUCCUCUUCUUCCCACACCCACCUACCCACCUUACUACAACCCAUCCGCCGCUCUGACUUGGUACCCUGAUACCGAUGCAACCAAUCACGUCACUCCUGAUAUUCACUCUCACAUCUUAUGACGGGUACAAUGGUAAUGACCAACUUCAUGUGGGUAAUGGUAAGGGACUCUCUAUCAGUAAUAUUGGUUCCUCUUCUCUCCCUUCUCUCUCCCCCUCUCGUUCUUUUAAUUUAUGUGAUGUCUUGCAUGUUCCCUCUAUCACAAAACUUCUCCUUUUUGUUCAGUGAAUUGCUCGCGACAAUAAAGGCUUUUUUGAAUUUCACCCUUCUCACUUCUUUGUCAAGGAUUAGGUAACCAAGAGGAUUCUGCUUUCCAGACCGAGUAAGGGGAGUCUCUAUAGCCUGACUUCUCCAUCUUCUUCUCCAGUUGCCAAUAUCGCUGAGUGCACUUCCAUCAAUGGUUGGCAUCAACGGCUUGGUCACCAUCACUUUGGUCUUCUCAAGUUCAUGCAUUUGGAUGGAAAGGAAUUCUAGAAGACAUGAUGGAAUCUCAAAGUCUAUGGAGCGCUGCUUUGCCAUGAUCAGAAGUGAAAUCUCUUCACAAUCCUUCAUUUACUCAGGGAAGUUGAUCUCCCUUUCGGAUCUAUUGGAUGCUAGAAGGCUGCGAUUUUCAGGUGUUCAGGGUAGGCCUAGCGAAAUUUUUGAAAUUUUCUGGUGUCGGACCCCGAGAGGAUGGUGGAAAGUAAACAUAGAUUGGUGUUCUAUUGCGAAUCCAGGUAUCUCUGGAGCUGGAGGUGUAUUUCACAAUGAUAAAGGGGAGGUGAUGGUAAAUUUAUGGAUUUCCCUUGGAAUUCAUUCAAACUUUGUGGCAAAAUUUAUGGUUGUGAUUUCAGGGAUUGAACAUGCAGAAAAAUUGGGGGUGCAAAGGCUAUGGAUUGAAUGUGAUUCAGUUGUAGUGGUUACUUUGGUUCAGAAAAGAAACGUCCCAUGGAUCGUUCAUCAAAGGUGGAUAGCUUGUAUGAAUAUUAACCGAUAUAGGAGUUCUCUCCCCAUUAGGAAACUCUAUAUUCGGUUAACAAGAUGAGAGUCCCUAUUUUGGGGAACUGUAUAUACGGGCUGCAUAUUAUGAAUUCAUAUCCCUUGUAUUACUCAAGCAAAUCACAUGUAGAGAGUAUAAAUAUGUUACAAGAGGUUGCCCUGGUCAAUCUAAACAGAUUUGGAAUACAAAAGAUUGUGAUAAGGUAGGAUUCUACAUGUGAUAUGCUUGACUAAUGCAAGGGAUAUGAAUUCCUAAUAUACAGCCCAUAUAUACAGUUUCCCAAAAUAGGGACUCUCACCUUGUAAACCAAAUAUAGAGUUUCCUAUUGUGGAGAGAACUCCUAUAUCAGUUAAUAAUGAGGUUCCUACAUCCGGUUGAGUGGGAAAUCAGUCACUGCUAGUGAGAUGGCAACUCUAUUGCUGACUUUCUUUCCAAGUCUGCUGCACAUUUUGAUGUCUCUGACCCUGUGACGGCUUGGCCGGCAUUGGUCAAGAAGGAUCAAAAUAUGGACGCUUCGGGUCAUCACAGAUAUAGGAUGAGUUAGUGUCUUUUUCCUUUGUGAUCUAUUUGUUGUGUCUCAAUUGUGGUUGAUGUGGUUGGAUCUUCUUUUUCUGCUGAUGGAAAUGCCGAC